UCUCACAAUCGCUCCCACCCCCACCCCCUUCCACUGCGGGGUGACUCAACCCGGCACUCGGCCUAGAAAUUGAGUCUUGCAUCGUGAGUGUGCAUACAGGCCAUAGUUGUGGAGUACAUUGCUCACAGUUUUCCUUGUGACCACAGUACCUGCUAAGGCCAGGCGCGGUGAAGCCACGCCGCCUGCCGGGCCCCGUGCCCCACACGCAGGAGAGGCCUCUGGUUCACCAGGCGGGCCUGCCCAAGCUGCCCGUGCCACCCUUGAAGCAGACGUGCGAAAACUACCUGGCCACGCUGGAGCCCAUCGUCAGCGAAGAGGAGCUGGGCCACACGCGGGAGCUGGUGGAGGAGUUCCUCAAAGGCGGCGUCGGGGAGCGCCUGCAGAAAGGAUUGAACUCGUGUCAGGCCACGCAAUGCUGAUCGAUCUUAUCAGCUCCACUAACUUCUUUGCUCUAUUUUUCAAUACUACGUACUCAGAACUGAGGCCAACGCUUUAUAGCUGCGCCACCGUAUCGCCCUCAAAGUAAGCAUCCAUCCAUCCAUUUUCUUUCACCGCCUAUCCUCACGAGGGUCGCAGGGAGUGCUGGAGCCUAUCCCGGCUGUCAACAGGCAGGAGGUAGGGUAGACCCUGAACUGGUUGCCAGCCAAUCGCCGGGCACAUGGACACAAACAGUCGCACUCACAAUCACACCUAGGGGCAAUUUAGAUAAGAGUGUCCAAUUAAUGUCCCGUGUUUUUGGGAUGUGGGAGGAAACCGGAGUGCCCGGAAAAAACCCACGCAGGAACGGGAAGAACACGCAAACUCCACACAGGCGGGGCCGGGAUGGAACCCGGGUCUUCAGAACUUUGAGGCCAACGCUUGACCAGCUGAGACACCGUGCCACCAAAGUAAACAUGAAAAGUAAAAAUGCAAUUUUGCUCUCUGUUAUGCAAAGUACCUAUUUUAAUAAAUUGGCACAAUGCAAAAAAAAAAAAAAAAAAAAGAAAGCCUCGAAACACGUUAAAAAAAAAGUAAUUCUUAGUCAGACAGGAAAAAAAUCCAAACAGCUUUGCUCACCCACCAAAAUUAAACUAGUUAGUGAUGAGGACUGGAAAAAAUCAUACUUUGUGGUUUUUAGGCUGGCACAACACGCAGCAUGAAACAAUUAUCUUUAAUAAUGCCAUGGAUGGGGAAUAUCUUGCGUCUCUGAAUCUGUCGCCAUUGUCGUUAUGCUCCCUGGUUAACGUCCCUCUAUCUCACUAUUUUUUUGUGUCUUUUAACGCAUUAUUAGUUUGCAAAAUAUCAAUCUUUUAAUCAAGAUCCAACCCGCUUGAUGACCUCUUUUUUUAAAUACAUCCACAGAGGUUGGAAAAAGUCUAGUUUGACCCCGUAUGAACAAUGCACGGUUAUAUUUUCAAAUGCUGGGAUUAAAAGUGGGCGCACGGUGAAUCAGCUGGUAAAGCGUUGGCCUUACAGCUUUGAGGACGUGGGUUUGAUCCCAGCCCCGCCUGUGUGGAGUUUGCAUGUUCUCCCCGUGCCUGCAUGGGUUUUCUCCGGCAGUCCGGUUUCCUCCCACAUCCCCAAAAAACAUGUAACGUUAAUCUGACACUCUAAAUUGCCCAUAGGUGUGAUUGUGAGUGCGACUCUUUGUCUCUAUGUGCCCUGCGAUUGAUUGGCAACCACUUCAGGGUGUACCCCGCCUCCUACCCGUUGACAGCUGGGAUAGGGUCUAGUACUCCCCGCGACCCUUUUAUCCGAAUGGUGGAUGCAGUCAGCCUAUUUGGACUGCCGAAUGCCGGUGGCCGUCUACACCAGCCCCGGCGUGGUUCUGCCACGCAUGCACUUCCAAGACCGCCAAGGACAGAUGAGGUUCGCAGCUAAAUUGAUCGCAGGGGUGCUGGAGUUUAAAAAACUGAUUGACAGUGACACCCUGCCUGUAGAGUACCUGAGCAAGAAGCCGCUUUGUAUGGACCAAUAUUACCAGAUCCUGUCUUCUUGCCGUAUCCCGGGACCAAAGAGAGACACCGUUCUGAAGCAAGCGAUUGGCAAAACGCCCCCCACUCACAUAACUGUAGUUCAUAACUUCCAGUUUUUUGUUUUGGAUGUGUACAACAGUGAUGGCACCCCGCUGACGGUAGAUCAGCUCUACAUGCAACUGGAAAAGAUUUGGAACACUUCUUUGCAGACCAACAAGGAGCCUGUUGGUAUUCUAACGUCACAACAUCGUAACACCUGGGGAAAAGCGUAUAAUAAUCUCAUUAAGGAUAAGACAAAUAAAGAGUCAGUCCGCGCCAUCCAAAAAAGCAUCUUCACCGUCUGCCUGGACGCUCCGAUGCCUCGCGUGUCCGACGAGCUGUACAUGAGCCGCGUGGCCGCACAGAUGCUGCAUGGCGGCGGCGCUCGGUGGAACAGCGGCAACCGCUGGUUUGACAAGACCUUGCAGUUUAUUGUCGGGGAAGACGGAACCUGCGGACUGGUGUAUGAACACGCACCUUCGGAGGGUCCUCCCAUCGUGUUUCUCAUUGAUUAUGUUGUUAAGUAUAUGCAGAAGACAGAAAUAGUCCGUUCCCCCAUGGUUCCUCUCAGCAUGCCUCAGAAGCUGCGUUUUAACAUUACGCCCGAAGUCAAGAGAGACAUUGAAAAAGCCAAACAAAAUAUGAACAUAAUGGUGCAUGACCUGGAUGUGAACGUCCUCAUGUUUACUGAUUAUGGGAAAAAUGUGCCGAAGCAACAUAACCUGAGUCCGGAUGCCUUCAUUCAAAUGGCUUUCCAGCUUGCCUACUUUAGGAUGUAUAGCGUGUGUUGCGCCACGUAUGAGAGCGCGUCGUUACGAAUGUUCCAGUACGGAAGAACAGACGCAAUACGCGUAACCACCAAGGAGUCGUUGAAAUUCGUCCAAUCAAUGCAGGACCCGUCAAAGCAGAACGCAGAGCGAUUGGCGCUGUUGCAGAAAGCUACUCAGAGGCACAAGGAGAAUGCCUACAAUGCCAUUCACGGACAAGCCAUUGACAGACAUCUUCUGGGAUUGAGGUUGCAGGCUAUUGAAGACCUCACAUCGAUGCCCGAGAUAUUUAUGGACACUUCUUUCGCUGUGGCUCACCAUUACAAUCUCUUAACCAGUCAGGUUGGUUCCAAGACCGACUGCGUGAUGUGCUUUGGUCCGAUGGUGCCAGACGGCUACGGAGUGUGUUACAAUCCCAUGGACGAGCACAUCAACAUCGCCGUCACAGCCUUCAACAGCUGUGAAGAAACCAACGCGGCCAAGUACGCACAGACUGUAAACGACGCUCUGGUGGACAUGAGAGCGCUUCUGGAGGACACAGCUACGGCCCAGCAGUGAAACAAACCACACGCAAGCGGGGAGGGGGUCGGGGGUGGGGGGGCUGGUGGACUAUAGUAGCACCUGAGGACGUCGCACUGACGAGGAACUGCAAUGCACUGAGAGUCUGCGUAGGAAACACAUUGUAAAGUUUCUGAGGAGCCGAAGUUGGCACUGUUGAGGCAGGGCCAUUUAAAUGAAACGCAAGUCUCACUCAUGGAAAUAUGAUAUAUUUUGUUAAAUGCUGUUGAAUGGACGCACACGCACACACACAGACAGAUAUAUAUAAGAUUCUCAACUGCAUUUAUGCAUUUAUGCACUUCUUAAAUGUGACAUUUAACCAACAAUUAUAUAUAUUAUAUGUACUCUAUUUUGACAAUGUGAUGUUAAAUCCUCCCUCAUUUAAUAGUGUUUUGAGAAGAUUUAAAGGCCUCCGCCGAGCUUCGGCGUCCGAGCUUCGGAUGACGGCCUCCGCCGGAUGCCGAAGCUCGUCAGACUCCGCGUCCUUCCUGUCCGAAGAACCAUCCGGGUCUGCCGGCCCCGAGUUCCGGGGGCCUUUGUUUACGCACUUACGUCCCGUGCAGGCCUCCGAGUAGUCAGACUCGGGCGUCAUUCUGCCCGAAGGACCAUCCGAAUAUUCAACAUUCUUUCCAGCCACAGGUUCAAAUCUGUAUGGAACUAUUCCUCCGUCUUCCCGAUCAACCAAUACUGCUAUUUUUUCAUCAGAUGAGGAUGAAUCCGAGAAAUCAGCACUGGGCACAAUGUAAUCGAGCCUUUGCUGCGGCCCCUUACACACCACAUCUGCACACGUAAGUCAUUGUGACUCGCGAAAAUGGCAGCGCCCCUGAAAAUUCCUAAUUGUGGAUGAAAAUCUUCUCAAAACACUAUUAAAUGAGAGAGGAUUUAACAUCACAUUGUCAAAAUAGAGUACGUAUUACAUGACCUAUUGGAUACAUUGUUCAUGCAAAGUACUGGAUUUCCCCUUUAAGUU